GUAGGUUGUACCAGCCGUAUCAGUUACAUCUGGGGGGGAACAGGCUGCCAGUACACACAGAUGUCAAGAACAAUCACACCUACAGAGGCAGCCAUGAUUCUAGGCCACCAGUCUCUACAUGACUCCCUGGCAGAGUCGGUAUCGUUGACUCACCUUGCCAUUAUUUCUUGGAGGAACUUUAUACCUAGUGCUCAUGGAUCUUCCAUACAGAUGGUGACAAGGCUUUCCAGAUGAAGAGAUAAUUCAUCGAUUUUGUCGAGUGAAUGAUACAAGGGAUAUAUGCAUGGAUCCUCCAAGAACAGGAUUCAUUAGUGAUGAACAAAAUGGUUUAAAGAGAAUUCCAGGAUUGAUGAUUGACCCAGUGGUGAACAAGAUAUGUGAAUGAUUGACGGAACUGAUAUGGGAAUCAUAUUCAAGAGCUACUCCAAUAUCUGCUUUUUGAUAUGGUUUUAGUACCAGUAAAUUUCACUCUUGUGGAUUAACAUCGGAAUAUCUACAAACCAUUCAGAAAUGAUUCUUUGUGAAUUUACAACAGUAUACGAUUAAAGGACAGUCAUGCAUGGAUUGCUGUAGUAAAACCUGAAAAUAUCUGUGGGAAUAUUCAUCCUAUCAACGUUUCUGUUGUGAGUUUACAUAAUUAUUUCUCACAUCUGUUGCGUUCGGGCAACCCGCAGAUAGUCAGACCAUGAAGUCGUUGCCUUGGGCUCGGAAAUUAAUUGCUGCUGUCGUCUGACAUUUGAAAGUGUCGGAUUAAUUUGUCAGUUAGUAAAGCUGUGUUCUGUUGAAGCUGUGUUCUGUUGAAGCGGAGGAUGUUCUGCCCAUAUUUCUCAGAUCACUGAGGUGUACAUCACCAAAGGAACGGACAGAGCUUCAGGAUGUCAGAAGCAGUGUUCACCUUUGAGACUUUUGUGACAAUAUUCCUAACUCUUGCCAUCAUCUGCCUCAACUGUUUGAUCCUAAUGGUAGCAUGCUGGACAGAAUCGUUUAGAAAUGUCAACAAGUGUUUCUUGUACUCGCUCAUUCUCAGUGACCUCUUUCUAGGAUUGUUUGUGACCCCGUUCGCAAUAUUCAACUCCUUGUACAAAGAAUGGGUGUUUCAGAACGACAUCUUCUGUUGCAUCGAAGCGUAUCUUGUCGCCAUUUUCCUCAUCGCCGGACUCUACUCAAUGGCCUGGAUUAAUGUCGAUCACUACGUCGCAGUCCGGAAACCCGAACGUUACGACAUCAUGAUGUCAACACCGCGCUCCUUGUGUUGGAUCGGAUUCGCCUGGGUUGCGGCAUUCUGCUUCAGUUGUCCUCCCUUGUUUUCGCUCAAGAAGGCCAAGUAUUAUGCGGAAGCUUUCGUUUGCAUUGUUGACGCAAAGAACCAGCAAGCAUACUUCAUCACCGCCGGUCUCUUAGUAACCGGACCUGCAGUUAUAACACUUAUCAUAACCAAUGCGUAUCUUUUUACCAAAGCCUUCAAGGGUAACAUCCACUUGUAUGAACGAGUGUUUCGGGAUAGGAAAACACGACCAUGGAACUAUCAUAUUAACUUCGUAAUUUCUCUUGUGUAUUCUUUUUGCUGGCUGCCAUUUUGCAUUCUUCGUCUUUACGAAGUGAGCACCAACUACGCCGGCUUGUCCCCGGGACUGCUGCAUUUCUACUUCCUCUGGCUGGGUUUCAGCAACGCGUUCCUGAAGUUCUUCAUCUAUCUGGUAAUGAGUCAAGAAUUCCGACAAGGAAUCAAUGAGAUAUUUUAUGCGCACAGUUUGGACUGCGCCUGUGUAGGAUGCAAGACUACCAAUGAUAUGAACGUCAAUUUUAUCACCAUAGCGGAAAAGUAGCUCCUGUUAAUUGAUUAGCUGAGAUUUUUAUGUGAUAAUGUCGGAAACAGGAUCAAGAUCCUGGAUACCGAAAGCGGAGAUUGAUUCUCGAUUUUAUGGUUUGUUUCUUACGAACAGCUCUGUUCUGUACAGGGUCUGAGGUGUAUAAUUUUCAAGAUUCUGUAUUGUGAAUAUAUGUGAAACAAAGCGUAUAUGUUGAGACAUUUAUUUAAUCAAAACAACAAUAUGAUCAAAAUGUCAACACUUGGACAUGCGUCAUCAACAACGGAUGAUGGCUGACCAAUGUGAAAGAGAUGUAAAUUUUUGUAGUUUUAGAUGGUCAGCAAAGUGAGACGGUGAAAUUAUAUAUUGUUUACAGCAUCUGUGCUGUGCAGUUUGCAACAAGAAGAGGAGACAUGUAUAUAGGGAUCUUUACUACCAGCUUAACAACAAGCAUAAAUCCAUGAAGACUCGAAUUAAAAUUGAUCUUGAGCAACCCAUGAUGCUUGUCAUACAAGGCUACUAAUGGGAUCGGGUUGUCAGGCUCACUGACAUGGUUGGCACAUGUCAUCGCAUCUCAAUGCAUAGGUCGAUGCUCAUGACGUCAACCACUGGAUUAUGUUACAGACCACUAUCAUGUAGAUAAAUAGUGUUGAGUGUGGCAUUAAACAACAAACAAGCAAAACAAACACAAGUAUGAUCAACUUUGUAACAACUGAAAGAGAUUGAGCGAAUGAGUGAGUAUGUUUUUUCUCCUCUUUGAGCAAUAUUCCAGCAAUAUUACAGCAAUAUUACAGCAGAGGACCCCAGAAAUAGGCUUCACACAUUGUAUCCAUGUACAAUCGAACAUGGGUCUUCGGUGUGACGAGAGAACACUUUAACCACUAGGCUACCCCACCACCCCAAGUGAAAAGAGCCUGAACGUCCUGUGGAACAUUGUGCUACAAUUGUUGUGAUGAUAGUCAUUUCAUUUACCAAAUAUGCCAAAUUAAGCGCUUUACUCCAAUAUGCUUCUGACCAACUUCUAGACCAAUCUGUAAUCAAUUUCUAUAAGUGCUCCUAAAAAGAUGGAAACCUUGCAUGAAAGACCUUAUUUUCUGGGGUAUAUACCUGGGGUAGCCCAGUGGUUAAAGCUGUCAUACUUAUGUUGUCAUACUGAAAACCCAGGAUCGAUUCCCCACAUGGGUAAAACAUUUAUAGCCCAUAUAUGGUGUUCCCUGCCAUGAUGUUUCUGGAAUAUUGGUGAAAACAGCGUAAAACCAUACUCACUCAACAUACUCACUAUUCUAACAUUUUAACCAAGUCGAUCUCUUGCUGGUUUGAAUAAGCUUCCCAAGGGCUUUUGUCAGUUUUCUGUUUUUUGUCCAGGGUGUUUAUUACGGCACAUACAGUACAAUAUUUCCUGGGUCU